AUGACUAGUGAAACCUCAAAUUUGGCUCCGGAUGGUGGGUGGGGAUGGAUUAUUGUCUUAUGUUCAUUUUCAAUCCAUUUUGUUAUUGAUGGUAUUACAUACAGUAUGGGGAGUGUUUACUUAGAACCCAUGAGAAAAUCGUUAAAAAGAGGAACAGGAGCUAUUGGAGCUAUAUGGUCCAUAUUACCAGCUGUUUAUCUUCUCGUUGGGGUAAUUGCUACGAUUUUUACGACACGUUUUGGAUGUCGACUGGUGGCUAUCACUGGUGCCUGUGUGGGUGCUGCAGGAUUCUUUCUUGCAUUUUGUUGGAAACAGUUGUGGUUUUAUUAUAUUACUAUCGGAGCAAUUGGAGGCCUUGGUUUUGGCUUAUUAUACUUACCGGCCAUUGUAAGUGUUAAUUAUUAUUUUGAGAAGAAGCGUAGUUUAGCGAUGGGUUUUGCGGUGUCCGGUGCAGGAUGUGGUACCAUGGUAUUUCCUCAUUUAAUGCCAGUUAUCAUUAACCGAUUUGGUUAUGAAAUGGGGUUAUUAGCUGAAUCAAUAAUCCUACUUUUUUGUGUCGUAUUUGGAUUAUUAAUGAUACCACUCCCAAGUGAACCAAGUGAAGUAAAACGAAAACAGAAAAAAUUAAAAGCAUCAAAUUUAACAAAAAUUACCCAGAUACCAGUAGAAACAGCAACAAAUAACAGGUAAGAAUCACUGUUGUUUUCCCCUAAAUGAAAGGAGGGUCAAAUCCUUUAAAUUAUCCGCUUGCUUCUCUAUCAUCGUAGCAAUAAGAAACGAAUAAAAUAAAAAUAAAAGCUAGAAAAAUUCUUUCAAUGAGUUAGUAUAAAUAAGUGCCUAUCUAAUCUCAUGGUAAAAGUUGACUAGAUCACAACUUAGAUCGUUCUGUUAGGCAUGACGAUGUACUAAGCGUUAAUGUUGAAAGUGGAGGGACCAAAAUGGCACGGUGCACUUCACCAUUUAGUUUGUGCUAAACCGUCACCCCGGUCACUGACCAGUUCAAAGACUCUAUCCUAUAUCCAAAAAAUAGAGAAUUUUCUUGCUUACAAAAUCUCGUGUAUCCGAUAUUCACACAUUGUUUCAUUUUGCCAAAAAAUGGCGCAAAGUACAGGUAGCAAGCACACUGCAGACGAGACGUACAUAUUUUAUUAAAAAAGUUUACUGCAAAUGAAAGGCUUUUACCCAUCCACUUACCAUUUACUAUCAGUAAAUGUAUUUGUACCAUUUAUGAGACCUUUACAUAUGAUGUACUUGAAAUGAAUGGGUUAUGCGCUAAAAUGUCGCAUUUAGGUACGUGCCAUUUACAUCCAAAGGGCAUAAUCUAGUGUAUUUUCGAUGGAGUUACAAGAACAUCGUAGUGCAUAAUGAGUGAAUGGACAGUAACACUUCAUUCAACACUGCCAUUCUCAUGUCAUGCAAUAUUUUACGCGCAUUUGAGGAUCGCUUUCAGUGCAUAACAAGGGCAUGUCCAGUGAAUAAAAGGCUAUACAAAAUAUCGCUGUUAAGAAUGCUAAUUUCAGUGGUUUUCACUUUGAUUUGCAUGCUGAAAUCUAUGAAAAUGUUGACCGCAUGUCGGGUUAGUUGCGAAAAAACCACUCUUGAAACAGGAUUGAUUUCUGACCAAAAUAACAUGCAGUCGGCGUUUUCACAGAUUCCAGCAUGUAAAUAAAGUGAAAGCCAGUUAAUUUAGCAUUCUUAAAAGUGAUAUUUUGUAGAGCCAUUUUAUUAUUGUACACUGACAGUAAAACUAAUUCUGUAUUAGAGAAUAGUUCAAUGCUUUUGAGAUCACGAUGUGUAGAUGAAUCGCAACAAUAUUACAAAUCUGUUAUUAAAUCUGAAAGUAAAUAAACAUUGAAUUAGAGUGCGCAGUGUACG